CAAAGAAGGCUCAAAGGGGACAACCCAGUGGGUGGCCUAUUAUUUUACAAAUCUAAAGCCUUGGUAUCCUGCACCCGAAAGUGCCAUGAUCCUGUCGGCCAUACCGGUAUACAAAUGUUAUCACCUAUACCAAUAGCACCACAGAACAUACAGAAGAUGAGGGACUGAGCACAAACAUUUGGUGUAGCAGUGCGUCAGAUGGUAAAAGCUGAAACUCUCCCGUCGUACCCCGAUCAGAGAGAAAUUCAGCUGGGUGAACCGCUCAGCUUCGAACUCGCUGACUUUAAGGAGCAGCGAAAAAAAAAAAAAAAA